UUUUUUCAUUGUCAUGAUGUAGAGAAGAGAUUUUGUCGAUGGUCAACCUACCAACGUGCACUGCCCGAGGCUCCCCACCACCCAUUUUGCCUCACAGAGCAGCAUGUUAGGCAGAAGAAAUGCUCAACUGUGAGUGAGACGGGUUGGAAAAAUAAAUUCAGCCAGUUUUCGCUCAACUACAAUUAACAAAGCCACAAGGUAAUUACACUAAUGACAAUUACAAGAUGAAUACACGGGUUGAUGUCGUUCUGUACACUUUGUUGAUCAUUAUUCUUUAGUACACUGUUUUUAGGCCUUAUUGUGCACAAAAGGGUGGGCACUCUAAAAUUUGUUGUAUGCAACAAUGACGAAUGCUAUUCCUUCGUGUGGCGACCAGUCCAUGGGGUACCUACUCUGUCGCCCUUUUUCAGGCGAGGGAGUAUUUGUGCAACUUUUUAAAAAACUUUUUAAUGAAAAUUAUGUUUUUGUGAGUACUUUUCUAGGUGAGGAGUGUUUCUAAGACACCCGCUAUUUUUUUCCCCGUCUUUUUCGAGAAGGCGGCGCGCGGGCAUGAGCGGCUGCCUGCCAUCUUCAUGGGAAGCACGACAUCCCGCCUCCGUCCGUCCGUCCAUCCGGGCCCGCUCCACUUUCGUCUGCCGACCUCCCCGCGGUGCUCCUCUUCGUCGACCUAUUUGAAAGAGCUCCAGUCAUGGAGGACUAGUCCGCAUCCGGAUCAUCGGGAGAGGCGCGUCGUCCCGCCCCACGCCGACGGACGAAACACACCUUUUGACGGGCUGGGUGUCCAAGGAAUGGUCGGGUCUCGGGCUGCGGUGGCCCCCUCUGAAGUCAUGAGGACGUCGCGGUGCCGAAGCGUCACCCCGUCGGAGGCGAUAAUGGUGAAGGCAUUCAGCCGGGAGGCGCUCCGUAGUCUCCCAGUUCCCUGGCUUCUCAUCUGAUCGCCUCUCAUCCUCCAUUUCCUGGGUUCUCCAUUCUUCUUUUUGCUCAUCAUGACGACUAUCCUGGAACCACUGCAGGCUCGCCCUGAACUGGAGCUGAAACCCUGGCUACUGAACGGAUGCGCAGACUCGGCUGGCCGCUACAAGGUGGUCCCCUCCGUAGUGUGCUCCAUGUGCUGCCUCUUUGGUGUAAUUUACUGCUUCUUUGGCUACCGCUGCUUCAAGGCGGUGAUGUUCCUGACAGGCCUGAUGUUCGGCUCGGUCGUCAUCUUCAUGCUCUGCUACAAGGAGCGCGUGCUGGACACCCAGCUGAGUGUGGAGGCCUCGGUGGGCAUCGGCCUGGGCAUCGGCACGCUGUGCGGCCUGGUUACCAUGCUGGUUCGCAGCGUGGGCCUCUUCAUGGUGGGUUUGCUGCUCGGCCUGCUGGUGGCCGUCGCUACCCUGGUGGGAAUGGAGGAGCUUUCCCACAGCCCGCCACGCUCUGUCUGGGUGCCUCUGGGCGUGCUGCUUGGCCUGGGCAUGCUCUUUGCCGUGCUCACCCUCCAGUGGCAACGCAUCUUCACCACGCUGUCCACCGCUGUUUUCGGCGCGGCCGUCAUCACCGUAGCGCUGGACUACUUCGUGGAGCUCUUUGCGCUCGUACUGUACAUGUACGAGCGGAUGAAAGCCGUGCCUGGGAAGCCGGUUUGCUGGCUUACGUGGGUGGUGCUGGGGGUGUGGCCUGCCCUGACCCUGUUGGGCGUGGUGGUCCAGUGGAAGGUGACUGCUGAGGGCUAUUCGCAUACCAAGGUCAUCAUCAGUCGUCAGCAGAGGAGGAUGCAGGUGAUGCGUAUUCGACAACGGGACGACCGCUACCGUCACAAGAAGAAAAAGAAGAAGCAUCUGGUGUCCUCCUCCAACCAAAACCAAGCCAAGCAACUCCACCAGGACCACGCCUAUCGCCGCAAGCCCAAUCCCAUUCGGCGCUAUGACACCGACGUCCUCUCACCAAGCUACAUCCAGAAUUUCCGGGACCGGCAAGUACAGGCUCAGCCUUUCCCAGGACAGCUGCUUGGUGGUCCGCACGCCGCAGUGGACCUGGGCUACGACUCUGGCUCGACGGCGCCCUUCACUGGGGCCACAGGACCUUUACUACGAGCCUAACGCAUCACCUGGACUCAGUCAAGACACGCACUUGCUGUACUUGCACCUGUGUGUGCUAUGUGUGCACACCUGUGUUACUUGUAUCCAUGCAUCACUGCACAAUUUCCCUCUAACACACACACACACACACACACACACACACGCACACACACACACACACACACACACACACACACACACACACACACACAGCAACUAUUAUGUGAUGGGUCGACAUCUGUUUCAGCGCCUCAGGGUCAGAGGUCAGAAUGCAGACAAACCUCAGGCACAGGCAUCCUCACAACAGACAACAAGUGAUCCUCGGUCUGCAGGCCAAGAGUGCCAACUGGAUUCCAUUUGCCACCUUUCAAAUGGGGUUUUGCCCCCCUUGGUGCUGGACCAUUUUGUCUUCAAGUUGAUUUUACUGUAACGGGUGCCUUGCUCCUCCUGUGACUAAGGAGGGGUGUACUGCCGCUUUUUGGGUGCACAUACAGGGUCACAUUUGCUUCAGGGCUUGGCUUGUUGUCUUCACCAUGCCUGAACCUGUGACGAGCAUGCAUGUACAGCCGACGACAGUGCUAGAAAGAAAGCCAUAUGGAUAGUGGCACCCUGCCACAACUCUCCCAGCAUGCGUGCUGGAAGCGUUGGAUGUUUUGUUGCAGCUUGCAUUCAGUGCCACCUUGUCACACUCCCUUCAGAACCCCAAAGAUCAUUUCGACUGCCACAUGUUCUAGCUCAUUAUUGUGCAAAGGCACUUAUUUUAUAUCAGAAAAAAUAUGACAGCACACCACCAAACAGAAAUGUCACCAAAAGUACUGUUCAGUAAACCCCCCCUCCUUCGCCGGUUCCAGCUUCCAAGUCCCGCAGUUUCACGGAUAUCUUUGUACAGUUAAUAACAAUAUAUGAUAUUUUGGUCUAACUCUCAUUAGUUGACCACAAGAUAGCUGUAAAUUUAUUUUGAAUGAGACCAUGUACAUUUGAAAGAAGAAGAAUGAAACAAAGUGCUGUGUUUCAUCACAGUCCAGAUUGUGUUGAAAAUUACACCAAUGAACUAAUUUUUACACUUUUUUUGUCAUAUAUGCAAGUAAUCUGUUCUGAAUUAUUUUUUUCCCACUGAUUCCAAAUUUGACCUCAUUUUUUUUCUCUACAACAUCAGAUUCUAAUAAUAAUAUGUAAUAUAUUAAUAGAUAUUAAGAUAUUUAUGAAGGAAUCAUUAGAAACUGGAGAUUUUUUUCUGGAACAUCAUAGCUAUAAAUUAAAAAGUACAGGAAAAUAUUGUGCAAGCUUUUAUACUUUCUAGGUCAAACUUAAAAAUUAAAACAUUUAAGUAUUUCAAAAACCCGAUGAGCUAGGAAAAAAAAAUUGGAACACAAAGCCAUCUCUGAUUCAAAUUUGCUGUUGACCAGUCUUACUGAAUGUCAAUCUCCUUCAACCCUGAUUUUUAUGCCUACAGAAAAUGAUGGCUAUUGGUUAAUUUUAUAAUGUACAGCUUUGGGCAUGAUUAUUGACUUAUAUUGUGAGAUAAGUUUGCUUGGAAAAAAACAGCAUUUAUUUACUGUAAACAUAUUGAGGGUUUGGUACACUGGUACAUUGUACAAUAUUUUUGUGUUAGCCAUUGCUCUUGCUCUCUCUCAAUACAUUGUAUGUGAUUAAAUGUGUUUCUAUUAUUUUAAGCGUGUUUAAAGAACUUUAAAAAUUCAAGUGCCAUAAAUGCUAUAAAAAAAAAUCUACCCUCGAGAGUAUUUAAUUCGGGUAUUUCUAUAUCGCGGGUUUCACAAUUUUUGUGGGGAUUGGGGAACGUAACCCCCGCGAUGGAGUGGGGAUUACUGUAUAUAUACUGAACUCAUGAUGAUCUCAUCAAAAUUUACCGUGUGUGAAAUGUGGUCCUGUUUAGUUAAUUACAAAGCAUUCUGUUGUUUGAAUGGCUGCAGGUGUCAACACAGGUUAGAUUGAUCGUCCACCAUUUAUAGAAGAGCAUUUCAUUGUUCUGCCUGUCACUGUAUAACUUCUGUUGUUGUCUGACAAAGCAGCCUGGUAACAUGAGUAAGCAUCAGAGAGGUAGAUAAAAGGAUGUGAAGAUCUCCUUAAUGGAAUCAUUUCUUUAAAAAAAAAGGGGGGGGACAGAGGGAGAAUGAGUCUUGAUCUUUGUAAAAGCAAGGAAUGAAUGUACAUGGUUUGCAUGACCUCGAACACACGCGCACACACACACACACACACACACACACACACAUUUAACAGUGGCUUCCUUUAGACUCCAAAAACCUACAAAGUCCUCUGGCUGCACCCAAGUCAACUUUCACCAACAUUUUGUUUUCUUGGAAACACACACGCAUAUAUGUGUUGCUCACAUGUUCCGACGCCGCUUUGCCCCUGCCCACACGCCCACUUUAAUCUCCUCAAUCUGUCUCAUCUUGAUAACGUGUUCUCUAACCUGUCUGUGUAUGUAGAAAUAUGUAGAUAAAAAUCAUUGGUAUAUGCACAAACACAUUGAUAAUAAAUUCUGGUGAUGUGGAUCACAUCCCUUGACUGUUA